AUCAUCAACUCAAUCAUCAAAUCCCCUCACCCAUAUUAUCGAAAGUCAAAUUCUUCACCUAAGAAAAUACGGGUACCGAUAGUCAGGGCUUAAUUAGGUGGUGCAUAAAAAUUCAUAUGUUGGCUUAAAAUAUGGACAAUUAAAUAGUUAUAUUCAUUAAUAUUGAUACACGCUUUCAUAUUAAACAAAAAUGUUACAAUGCGAAAUAUCAAUUAUCUUAAUUAUUUUUGUUGUUUACUUUUUGCGUGUGCAUCGUCUAUAUGCCAAUUUUUUUAUACAUUAUAAUCAUGUUUAUUGUACGAACAGUACGAACAUCGAAUGUGUACGUUUAACCCAUGUAUUUUGAUCGAAAUUUUUUCUUUGCAAAAGUG